CAGGUUGUUUUUUUUUCUCUCUCUUGAACAUUGGACUGACUUUCUAGAAGGAAAAUUGUCCAUUGCACGCUGGCAGUCCCGGUGCUAAAAAAAAAAACAACUCCAAGAAAUAAAACCGUGGCAAAAAAUUCAAAGAUGUUUAGAUUCUUCGCUCAGUCUGUCGCCGUAUUUCUUUUAGUUUUUGUUAUUUUAACAAACUGGGUAGUGGUAAAAAGUGCUGAAGUCGUAAACGGAGCGUACCGUAGAAUUUGUAAAUAAUGUUAAAACAGUAUUUCAAAAAACGCAGUUUGAGACAUUAAGUUGUGCGUGUAUGUGUUUUGUACAGUAUGUGUUCAAAUAGGCUUACUGUGUGGUACGCUUUUAUUCUGAUUUACUGUGUACGGAAUUAUCUAGAAGUUACGGUAACUCGAAUUGUGAUUGAUAACUAAUGUUUUAACAACGUGUAUUGAAAAGGAAACCUGUUUUUUGUUUACAUCUACUACUGUGGUUACAUUUUGAUAGCAUUUGACCGUGUUAUUGUAUAUUAUUGUAGUGCGUCAUCUUUCAGCUAACAGACAGAGUAUUGUAUUUAAAUAAACGUGCCCUUAUUUAAAUAAGAUGCAACGACAAAGCUAGAAACAUACUUGGAAUACAUAUUUAUUUUGAGAAACAGUAUUUAUUUUAUGUUGCGGAUACUAAAAACCCUUAGACCACUGUUUGGACACAUUGAUGAUAUUCAGCGUGCAGGAGUACCUCUAAAGCAAGCAAAAUGUUCCAUUACUGCCUCGCUCACACUGCUUAUCAUUUGAGCAGACGGCUACCGAGACACGGUAGGCUGAAAUUUCAAGUCAUUGUUGUCCUUUUUGUGACUGUCAUUCUGGCCCCUCAACUCUACGUCCUAUUAAGGCCAAAAUCCGCUCGAUUCUGCCAGCAACCUCUUCUUAAUAACCUGACCUGCUUCAUCGUCUUCACUCUCAUCACCACAGGAUUCACAACGGUCCUAACCCUGGUAGACCCGGUUCCUCAGGAGGUGAAGGCAGGGUUUCAUGUGUAUGGUGUGGCUUCAUUCGCUGUAGGACUGUGCACUACUGUACUCACUGCCAGGGCACCUCAGUGUGCAAAAACCACUCCUGAAUUGUACUACCUAUCUUUAGUGCUGUCAGUAUGCUGUAUGCUGUCUACAGCAUUUUUCCUGAUCAUAGGGGCUUGCUGGAUUGCUAACAAGCUCUCCCCUGGACUGGUGCUCGAUAAGCGCUCUCAAACUGGUUUCUGCUACCAGCCAGUAAGCUGCUGCUCCUGCCUGUGGCACGUCUAAAUCAAACACGAAGAGCCUCAUAAAUAAUGGAAGCCAUUUCUAUGGCAACCCCGGCAACCAGAGAAACUGGAAAUAUCUACAGUGAAGCCAAGUGCCUGUACAACCCACAGCAGAACUGAUAAGAAAGACGUGUCUGUUUAUUCAUAGACUGUGUCAGAGACCCAGUGUAUUAAUUAUUAAGAGACUCUGCACUCUCAUCUGUGUUUUUCCCCCAUCACUGCUUGAAUAUAAACUGCAGAGACAGUUUAAGAUCAGGUCCUUGAAAAAGCCUUGGACACUGAUGAGUUGUUUUUUCUGCAUUAUCUUCUGUUACCGUAACUGCCUUUUGACCAUUUUACAGAAAUGAGGUCAGUGUUUUAACUGCAAGCACAGAAUGUGCCUUUGUAAAUCCUUCCUAAUUGAAGUGAACCCCAGAAGACCUUGUUUAGCAAAGAAUGUGGGAGUGUUACCAUUUCAUGAAGCCACCCGUUCCCUUGAGAGAGAGAGUUAGGUACUGUGCAGUUAAUACAGAUAACCAUUAAUUGCUGUUAUUUGCUUUUAAAAUCAGGUUGUUACUUAAUUUUAUUUUUACAUUAAAGACAAUGUUUCCAGCAAAUCGCAAAGUAUUAAUAGAGUUGAUUCAACAACCCUUUCUUUGCCAUCUCAAAGGGAUUCCCACGCAUCAGAUUGCGCUACAAUUGUUUUCUGGGCUUACAUUUUCAGGCUAAGUGAUAAAGAAUAAAACUGGGGUAUGGUUGACUUUAUCCUUAAGCAAAUGCUGCUAGUUAUCUUUUACUCUGGAGUCCAAUUACUUUUGUUCAUUCACUGGACGAUGAGGAGGUUCAUCAGUUUAAAGUGAUGUAGGUACGACAUCAAAGAUGAUUGAGAAAUGUUUACUUAUUAAAACAGUAAGAAAUGUG